UGACACUGCAUCAUGCCCACAUACAUUUAAAAUAUUUCCGCAGAUUUCAUAAAUAAUACUUCUUGGUCUAUGAAGGUCUCGCUCGUUCAAUUAAGUCUUAUAAGAUUGACCCCCUCUUUUUCUUUAACGUUAACCACUGAAUGGCUAAUAACAACUUCGGUACACAACAAAGUGCAAUUUACCACCAGACAAAGCGGGUGUUCUACAAGGUGUUGAUUUCUAUUGCUGCUGGAAUGAUAGUUCUUUGAUUUUGUGCCGGCGUUCUAGGUGGGCUUGCUGGAAAUGCUAUACGGAGAAACCGCUCUUAGGUAAAUAUAAAAACUCAACAAUUUCCGUUGGAGAGAAAAACAAUACAAAAUGGAAAAUCUAUUUACUCUAGAAGAACGAGGAACCGAAAACAUUGAGCUCUCUAAAGCAGAAAAGGAUCAGAUGAGUAGAUUUGCUACAAGAUGGUUUAUGUCUGUAUAUGUGUGCAGUUUGGCGGCAAUAUUUAUUGGCGCAUUAGUGGGUGCACAGAAGUGAUUUGUCGUUUGAUGACUGGUUCAAACAAAUAGACAGAUGCUUAUGUGAGAGCAUUUGUCGUUUGAUGACUGGUUCAAACAAAUAGACAGAUGCCUAUGUGAGAGCAAAUAAAUAAUUUUAUGUAUAAUUCUAGUUUGAAAAUGUAGAUUCUAUAGUCCAUGAAGUAGAAACGUAAGGAACAAGAACCGUAUAGAAUUGUAACAAAAAGGCUCGAAAUUGUUGGCGUAUUCCAUCUGAAAAUGGGACAUGACUUGAAUAAUUGAAAUUACGCCAAUAUUUCGAAGACAGCCCGUCAUCUUCUAAAAAUCAUUCACAAUAUUUAUCGGGAUGAAUCGGAAAAAUUUAUUUAAGCAGCACCCAGUAUUGUGUGCAUGCGCACAAUUCUGAGUCAGCUGUGUGAUCCAGUCAUUCAUCCCCUUCAUCACCUUGGGGUAAACAACAUUUAUCACCAACCAAACAUCGCUAUCUUUGGGGGAGAGGAAGGAACAUCCAUAGUAGUAUAACGAAGUAAGUGUAUACAACCCACAGUUUUAGAUAUUAAAGGGCCAAUGUUUCCCGUCAUUCCUCUGGAAAGUACUAUUCUCGAAGAAGCUCUCAAAAAAUCCCAUUAAUUGAUUGAAGUAUUAAUUUGUACGAUUUGGAACGCUUGAAGCCUAAAAUUAAUGAAUCUGGAGCAUGUCUUGAAAGAUGGGUAUAAAUUUUUGUAUCAAUAGAUGUUACACAUCAAAUUCUUAGGGUAAAAUGAAAUCAAUAAUGUGAAUUUUUGCAAAUUUGAUUAAUUAAACCCAAAUUCUCUUGAAGUAUAACCAAGAUCAGGAAAUCUAGGGUAUUGUAGGGACACAUGCGAUUACAGAAUAUUUACCCUUGAGUACUUGGUAGAACCAACGGAAUAAUUGUUGUAAGAUGGUCUCCGACUAGCUCUUUUGGUGACAAUGUAGGACAUGGGUUUGUCCCUCUACAGAUGAUAGAAAUAGUUGAUUAACAAAGAAGUCAGACUUCAAUUGAAUCUCUAGAACACACAUUGCAAAAUAGAGCAUAGAGGAGUGUACAGGUCAUGUAUGUGCAACUACGAAAUCAUCAAGCACAUGACGACGAGAUGCUGA